UCCUCUCGUUUAGCACCCAAUCGAGAGUACAAAACCAAAUUGGAAAGAAUUUUCGGAACAGUUGCAUUUGGUCGACCGCCUCGAUCACUGCUUUUUACCAGAUUCGCACGGAAUUAUUCGUUGAACAGUUGGUUCGAAACGUGUUUCAGUUACGAUUUUCUUUUGACUUCAGGGACAUUUCGUUUACACAAUAUAUGUGCCAAAAGCAAAACGUUACAGAAUCACUAUUAUUAUCGUUAUAGUCUGCCUUCCAAGUGGCCCAUCUCAUAUAUGCGAAUACUUCCAGCCUUUGAGGCAAAGUUGAUUGCAAAACAAAAGCCUUCUUGAUGGAAAGGGAAGCGCGCAGAAUAUGCAUUAGUUGAAAGCAUUGUGUAGGCGUUAAAGAAUAGAAUAUGUAAAAUACUGAAGACAUUCUGAACAAAAAACAUAAUCAACACACCGAAAAAGAGCACAAAGCCACAAAAAGAAUUCAAAUACAAGGUAAAUUGAAGGGAACAAAUACGAAACCCAUCGACCAAAACAUACAUAUAUUGUGAGAAAAGAAAAGUUUCAUUUUGUGUUCGAAUCUGAAGAAAUUUUUAAGUGGUUUUUGUUUGCAUUGCAUUCGACUCAAAUCAUAAUAGCUCUUGAUCCGUGCAGCAGAAGUAUUGAAAAAAGUGGAAAAUAAAUAUUAGUAUCCAUAACAACAGCAUCAGCAUUGAAAUCAGUUUCAACAAUAAUAAGCAGCAGACAGCGUGGGCAAUAGACAGCCAACAAACCGAAUAGAACGGCAUCGAAAUCUUCAUAACAAUUCCAAAUGCUUAAAUAAUUAUUCAAAAAGUGAGGAAAAGAGUGCAAAAGUGCAAAAACAAUCAAAUCUAUAAAUGAUUUUCAAGUGGUUGCUGACAAUAGCGGAUUAUAUUUCACAUUCCCACUACGGUUGUUGAAUUUGUUAGUCUCCGAAUUUAUUACACAUCCACACAUUGGAUCUCUUGCUUUCACUGUCGUUUCGUUCGUACUUUCGAUUUUUUUUUUUUUUAGUGUUUUCACUUCGGUUAGCAAAAAUAUAUACAUACGCACAUACACCGUGCUGUACACAGAGGUCCAUCAUCUGGUGCGGUAGUGGACAUCGUGAAAAAAGGCUUCAAAACGUGGAUCGAAUUAAAGAACAGUUUGCUGUCCUUAUGGAUAACCAAUUGGUGCGAAUGUGAUACAGAAAUGUGUCAACAUAAUCAUAGGACACAUAGAAAUGAUUUUUUUUGUUCAUCAUUAUUUACACAGAAAAGGAGUACCCACAAUCAGCAUCAAAACAAACACUCAACAACGAAUAUUGCUUCAAUCGAUAUGGAUAGAAUGUUCUCCGAGAGUGAAAAAAAUAUCUAUAUAUCCGAUACUAGUUACGGAUAUACAGAAAUUGACAUGAUAAACUUGUUCGGAUCACCAGCAGGGCGUGCAAUAAAUAAAAUAACAUCGAUAAAAUUAAAUAAGUCUGAAGCAGCAAAAGCGAGAGUGAAAUCAAAAGACAGAAUCAACACCAAUGGCAUUAGUUGUAGUAGCGGCAGUAGCAGUAGUUAUAGUCAGAGCAACGAUGUGAAUAGCAAUACAACAGCCACCAUUUCAUUGAAUCGGGAUCAUACGUUAUUUUGUGAGGAUCGGGAAAACAGCAUUAAAGCGAUUAGCGGCACAAUUGGUGUCGACACGACAUUCGCUGUUGGUGUGGAUGUUGGCAUCAACAAUGGCAAUGUGCAAACCAUUCACCGCCACUGUAUAGCUAAACCCGAAAAGUACUUGAAUUUACACAAGAAAAAGGUGAAAUGCUGGGAAUUCCUCGAAGAAAACGACAAAUUGAAUAAUAAUUGGAACUGCACUUCCACUACAGAUGAGCACAAAGUGGAACGCUUUGACGAUUUGAUCACUGAUGCGGAAAUAUAUGAAGAAGCCGUACGAUUUCUGGGACUUUCGUGCACUCUAAGCAAUAGUUGUCGUUGCUUGGAAUGUCAGAGUCGCUAUUUCGAUUACGAAGAUGACGAGGACUAUGAUGACUCAGACGACGAUGAUGAUGACUUUAUCACGGUUUUUUAAGUGCGUCAAACAUUUUUCUCUCAACCUUUCGACAAUACCAUGCCAAAAAUGAAGAUGUUCUAAAUAAAUUAUAAUAAUCAACACAGCCAAACAAACCACAGAGCUUUGUCGUUGCAUUUCGUUUUCAUCGAUUAAUGUAGUUAUAUUUUCGAGUGAUUUUACAGUUGAACAGUUUCACAAAACAAAUAAAUAAUAAAUCCCACACAUAAGAAAUAAAAUGAAAUAAAUUAAAGCCGAAUGACAGGAAAAUAGAAUAAAACAGCAAGUUCAACCAAUUGACCAUCUCAAAAUGUGAUUCACGUACAACAGAGAUUUUUUGUCAUGUUGACAUCUAUGGUGCAGCAGAACGAUUCCAAAUUUGGUUGGGAUAAAUCGUCCUUGUUAUUUUGGGUGUUACACACAUGGACCCUGAUAAACGGAAAUUCGUACAAUUUCCACAAAUAUACUCAAACAUCAAGCUACAAUUUAGUCACUAGACUCUAAAAAAUGUCCUAUUGAAAUAUCCAAAUAUAAUAUCCACUUUUGAAAUUAAAUUAUCACAUACAAAUGAGGGAAAAUGAGAGAAAUGUCGAGUUUUCAGCUAGUUUGUAAGUGGUCAGCGAUGAACAGCAUAAAAAAAUCAUCCUCUCCAAUUCACAUGAAUGUUCAUUGCUCAUCCACCGGUGCCGUUCAAAAUGACCACUCUCAUUUGAAGCUGAAAUGAAAAAAAAAGAAGAUUAGAUUGGUGUAGCCGUAUUUCAACAAUUUGCUGAUGUGCACAUUUGAGCGGAAAUUUGAAUAACGUAUUCAAACAUCAUGAAUUACACAAAUAAAUGCUCAACUUUCUGUGAACAUACAUUUUGAAGCAUUUGAAAAGUUCAUUUCAAUAAAAUGAAGCGCACAUCAGGCAGGCAAACAGGAAACAGAAACACCACACCGCAUACGCAAUGUUCAAGCUAAAAUCUCCAUCAUCUGUCAACUGUUGAUAAAAUCCAGUACUGUAACUGUAUGUGUCAUUUAUAAAAUAUUCCGUAAGUUUGAAGAGUUGCGGAAUUCAAAUGAAUAGACGUUUAUGCUUUAAUAAACAUGAACACAUUUAAUCUAGCAAAGAAAAUUCGAUUUCAUUAUUUAGUUAUGAGUAUAUAUGCUCAAUACAUCAGCACAUAAUUUUGCGCUACGACCAAAAAACAUAUUGCAUUGAACAGCACAGAUACACACACGCACGCGCGUGCAAACACACACACACACACACACAUAGUUUUCAGGAUUAAUCAACAACUUUUAUAAAUGGAAAAACUCAAAUGUCAAACUUAUACAUCGCAUUGUAUAUAAGAUAAUUGAAAUUAAUGAAAUGGAUCCAACCAACAAUGAAUUUUUCCCCAAUUCCUAUCGUACAUUUUACAUACACGCAAAGGCUGAAUUAGCAAUUUAAAGCGAACGAACGGAAAACCAAAAACAUAAUGAAAAAGAACUGUAAUAAUUAUGAUAGAAAUAACUCUUUCGAACUUAUCAUUUUAUCGUUGAGUGAGAUGUAUAGCGUAUUCCCAAACCAGAAAACUUAAGAACUAUGAAGCUCAUCGCUCGUUAAUUCUUUCAAGCCCUAAACAAAAUAAACCUGAACCGAAACAGCAACAAUAACAACAAGAAUAUUGCGAAAAAAAUUCGCACAACAAAAUAGUGAGUGCUCUGAAACUGAACCCAAAUUUUACCAUCAUGUCCAUGUGAUAGAUUGAGUAAAUGAUUUGAUGUAACGAAAAGAAGGCGAUGAAGAUCACAAGAAUCCCUAUUCUUGAAAUGGUGGAAUCUUCAAAGGGCUGUAACAGUGAUUUGAUCGGCACAUGAGCACCAUCUUUACUGAUUGCCAUUAUUGCAAUGUAAAUGUAUAGAAUGUUUAAUUCUGCUUCUUCUUUUUCUCAACAUUAAUUGUAAUUUUGCAUUAGUUCUUAUGUACUGUGCGCGACUUUCGGGAAUCUCAUUGCCAAACAUUCUGAUACUAUACCAAAGAUUUGAUCUAUGUGCAUGAAACAGUCAAGUCGCUAUACUAUCUGUUGCUCGACUAAUAAUCCCAUUGUUAUUAUUAUUACUGCUAUUAUUGCUAUACGUAACGCACUAUCCCUAAACAGGCGAAAAGUAAAUUAUAUUAGAGCAUCCAACUCUGAUGAUACUCAAGUAAAAAUACGAUACAGAUUAUAUGCUGGAAAUGUUCCUUUUGAGUAUGGCUUGUAUAUUCGCGCUAAAAAUAUGCUGUUCAAGUUCAAAUACUCAUUGUAUUUUUGUAAAAUGAGCAUCCUUCUACCUUCUAGAUAAGCAUUUAUCUUAUAGGAUGUCUGUACCGUAUUUUUACUUGAGUAUAUUUCAAGCGCUCGGUAUCAGUCCAAAUAGCAACGAUUAUCAUAGCUCCCUGAGCGUCAAAUUUUUCAAGCCCAAAUUCCAUGAAAUUUGAUAAAUAUACAAGAAUUCUUUUUCAUAAUGCUUCAAUACAGCAGGAAUAUUCAUGUAUCCGAAGAAAUUAUUUUCGACUUUCGUACCGUAUCCACGGUACGGGAGGACCGAAACGAAAAUAAAAAAUCAACGAACGAGAGAAGGAGAGUAAUGUGAUUAUAGCGUAUUUUUACUACAAAAAACGCCAUGAAAAACUUCUUUUCCGUCGACCCUCUAACUGUUGUAACGGUUUCAUUUCCGUCGUGAAUCAUUUUGUUUAUAUUGGAAUUUUGGUUUUAUUUCGCAUUUUAAGGAUGUGCAGGCGAGCUUGUCUAAAGUGUUGAGUUUAAUGCGGCUAAUAAAAUUCACGCCAUGAAUACAAAACUUCUUUAGGGAAAAUUAAACUAUACGACGAACGAACCGACAAAACCAAAGAAACAUGAUCGUUUCCCGUUUGGAAAGUGUUCCUCUCCUGACACUGUUUAUCUAUGUUUGGAUGAUUGUCGGCGUAAGAGUACAUACAGUUCAACGAAUAACAUUCACUAAAAUACAUUAAACAUGAACAUUUAUGUUGCUGCUCCGUACUUUUUACGCAAUAUCAUAAUGAGCAAUGUGCCGUUGAGCAAAGAAACCGCAAUAUUUCGAAUGUUACAACAGCAACGAAAAUACGAUGCAAAUUCAAAAUGAUUCAUUGAAUAUUCUAGUGUUGGCUGACAUUUGUCUUAAGAUAAUUGAAAUAUAAUAACCCUCGACCAAGUCGCAAAUAAAAAUUAUUUUCAACAUUUUAUAGGUAAACCACAAAUGUUAUUACAUUAGGGAAUAGUGGGGUUCUGUUGCGGAAGUUGUGUUUUGUUCCUUGUUUCCUAUCGUUUCAUAUUUACAGCCUGAAAAUGUAUUGCCGCCGAUGUAGCUAUCAAUUUAUCAAGAUGUCAGUUGACCCCGAAAGUGUGCUACAUACCAACAACAUCCAGCCAUUAUACGGAUCACAUUAUACUUUAUGUCUUUAUGUUCAUAUAGACGAAAAGUACGAAUCGAUUAGAAAAAUACUUGCCUUCGACCGAGAUCCGAUUUGAUUUACCGGGAAACGCAUAAAAAAACCUAUUUAUUAGUCAUACAAACAUUAUCUUAUCUGCCACCCUUGUGCAAAAAAAAUGACAUUUCAGUCACCUAAUCACUUUUUCCAAUACAAAUUUAUGGGUAACUUGUGAUUAACAGUCAACUAAUUUGGGACAUUACGCAGACGCAGUACAUACGAAAAUCCAUUCAAAUUGUCGCAAAAUAGACGUUUGAAUAAUAGUCCAUAUUUUUGCACAAGCAUUUUCCUUUUCACUUUAUCUCUAUCUAUUCUAUGUAUUCUGUGUAUUAGGUGUCGCAAUCAUAGCGAAAAAUUCAAUCUAAGUGCAUCUUAGCGACCGAAUCAUAUAUAUCCAGCAGAUUGGUAUGUUAAACAAUUCAUAGCGUGUAAUAACUUACUACUAAACAAACAAUUCAGAUUCAGUGGGAGUUUUGGCUUUCAAGCAUCGCUCUCUCUCUCUCUCUCUCUCUCUCUCUCUCUCUCUCUGUCUGUCUCUCUCUGUCUCUCUCUGUCUCUGUUCCUUUCAUUCUAUUUCUCCCUCUUUUCCACACAUUGACUCUCCCUCAUACAUGUACGUGCUCUCUGCCUUUUUGCAUUGGACACUUUUCAUUGAAAACACCAACAACUAACUAAAACUGUAACAAUAAAUUUACACCUUCUGCUGUUAUUUUUGUUUUUUGUUAUUGAAUUUCAUGCAGGACAUCAGAGAAUUGUUUCAGUACUCUGUAGUCAUUUCAAAUAGAUAUAAAUUAUGGGAUAUACAAAUGUUUCGUAGGAAAACUAUUGAAAAACAUUCAUUUCUAAAUCAAAAUUAUAUAAUAGUAAAUUGUAAAUUUGCGAAAUUAGUAUACGUCGUGCUGGCUGUGGUGAAAUUAACUGCUAUCAAGUGUGACAAAUCCACACGGAAAUGUUUUGAUGUAUUGCAUCGAAACUACUUGAAAGCAUUUGAAAUUUGCCACUCCAUUUCACAUUGCAUUACAAAUUGUUGAACAAAGAAGGAAAAAUAAAAUAUACAGCAACAACAACAAAAAAUAGUACCAUGAUUAUGGCUGUUAUCUAUAGUACCAAAUACACAAUGCAGUCGACCACAAUACAAAAACGGGGUAAUUCGAUGUAGUGCGACUAAUGAGUAUUAUUUGCCAAGAAAAAGUUGUGAAAAUAAAAUGAAUGAACAAAAUUUUACACAUAAGAAUAAUGGACAGAAGAAAAAGCAGAAGAAGAAGAAAAUAAAAAAAAAUUAUAAUUAUACGUAUGAUGAAGCGUUGCAUGAACAUUAUGAAUUAUGUUGUUGCAAAAGAGCCUGGAAACGAACUGGAAUUCAAACGAACUAAAAAUUAUAUGAUGUAUCCUAUUUACUGGAACUUUAUCUGAUUAAUUAGAUGUCGUCAAAGAAAAUUCUCAAAGCGAAAUCCAAAGCGAAAUCCAAAUCAAAAAAGCGAAUAGAACUCAGAUUAUGGAUCAACAAGAAAAGUAAGCAAGCGAUUCAUUUGCAUUUAUCUUAUUAACAUAUAUAUACAUACAUUACAUAUAGAGGGAGAAAGAAGUGAUGACAUAGUAGCGAUUUGCAAUUUAUGUGCAAAUAUAGAAAAUCUUGUGCAUUGAAACAAAUUUAUCAUAUGACUAAAGCCAUGCCAACGAGGGAUUUUUUAUACUCAUAUAAAUUGUGUGCCAAAUCAAAUAGAAGAGAGGAAAAAAUGCAUACACACAUACAUGCAAACACUAAAAAUCGCCUAGCACUAUGUUAUUGUAUAUCUGUCUGAGGUUGGGAUGCAAAAAUGUGUGCACUCUGAAUGACUGCGGUGUAUGGGCGAUUGUGCACUGUGCAGUCACAGAUGUGCCAUGACAUUGUUCGCUUUACGUUCCAACAUUAGAUUGAAUAAAUACACAUUUAACAAAUUAUUAAAUGUACAAUUGUAUUUUAGGUAUUGUAAGUGUUAUUUCCCAAAUAAAUUUAUUCUUUUUAAUA